UGAUGUAUGUUUUAGCAUGUUAUUAAUUCUCAAUUACUUCUUGAAAUCUGAAGGCUUUUGACUAAACUGUGUUUUAUAAUAAUGCCUUCCAGGCACAGUGGCCAGUUAAAAGUAAUGUUUGUUGGAGGACCUAAUGAAAGGAAAGAUUACCACAUAGAAGAAGGAGAAGAGUUGUUUUACCAAUGUCAAGGUGACAUGUGCCUGAAGAUCAUAGAGAAAGGAAAACAUAAAGAUGUGCAUAUUCGAGAAGGAGAGAUGUUUUUGCUACCAGCUCGGAUACCCCAUUCCCCUCAGCGACAGGCCAACACAGUGGGGCUGGUUUUUGAAAGGACAAGGCUGAAGACAGAGUUUGACGGACUCAGAUACUAUGUAGACAAUUCCACUGAUGUACUGUUUGUGAGAUGGUUCUACUGUGCAGACUUGGGCACCCAGCUUGGUCCCAUCAUAAAGGAAUUUUUCAACUCUAAAGAAUGUAGAACUGGGAAACCAAAUCCAGACAAGUUGCAGAAAGAACUUCCAUUUUGUCUAAACACUAUUAGCACUGUUAUGAAACCAUUUUCACUUCAAGAUUGGCUCUGCCAGCACAAUCAGGAUAUCAAAGAAAAGUGUGUUAUUGACAUGUUUGGUGAUCAGUUUGAGACCAAGACAGUAGUGUAUGCAACUGGAGAGAGUGAGGAAAAGCAGAGUGCAGACACCUGGAUAUGGCAGCUGGAGGGUAAAUCUGUUGUGGUGAUCGAUGGCAAGACUACCAAACUUACUGCUGGAGAUAGCUUUCUCGUCCCAUUAAAUACUAAAUAUAUUUGGAAAAGAGCUGAAGGAACAAUUGCACUUUGUGUCAUACAGGAUCCAGCCCUGAAGAAAUCCUAUGUUAAAUAACAAUCCUGCAGGCUCAGCAUUAUCCUCACCUGUCUCAUUCAUUGCACAUGUAAUUGUUGGAAUAAUUUGAAGUGAAUCCUCUCAUUUAUUAUAAUUACUUUUUUUAAAAUUUUGGAUAAAGAAUGAAUCACAGGUUAAAAGAAUGAAAAUCUUUAGAUGUUCUAAAUACAGAUACAUGGGAGAGGGGCUAAAAAAAGGCCCUCCAUUGGUCAUUAUAUGAGCUGAAUCUGAAGAAUAAGCUGCUGUGGCUCUGAGACAUUUGACUUGUGCUGGAAUGUGAUCUGAACUUGAUCAACAAAAUCCAGGCAAUUAUUGUUUUUUAAUGUAAUAAUGCAAUAGUUAGUAAUUAAUCAGUGUGGUUUGCAUUAUGUAUCAAUAAUAAGAGGAAAUUCAACUGAUUGUGAUACACAACAACUUAAAUAAAAAUAUCAUUCGUACAAUG